AGGAAGGAACUAGCUGUAGUUUCACCUGCACAAAUUUGCGACGCAGUUUGCAAAUCUUCCUUGGAACUACGGGGAACGUCAUAUCGUUGAAAUAUGUUGGUAACGAUUAGACUUGCGACCAUAAUUCGUUAACGCAACCCUGGUAGGCUGCCAAUGCCCUGAGGAAAGAUGAACUGUCUUCCCUUCCAGACAUUUUUAACAGGACACGACACAGGACUAUGAUGUUUUUUUUAUUUUUAUUUUUUUAUAAAAUGGACGCGUAGGGCCUACAAUCAGUUACUUUUCCUCAUAAUGAUGUUCUGAGUGCAUCUCCAAACUACAACUGCUGUAAUCUAACCAUGGCUACUGGAAUCUCAACAACAGCUUCCGGAGAUUCCUCUCCUCUCUCAGAGCUUAGAAUGGUGCUCUUGGGAAAAAUCGGGGCUGGAAAGAGUAAAGUGGCCAACGCAAUCCUGAAACGCAAAGGAGAGAAAAGUGGAUUGUGCGGUUUUUAUGAGGGUGAACAGGCAGGAAGAAAGAUCUGUGUUGUGGACACACCAGGAUGGGACAGAAUCUCUGUACACCGAACACCAGAAAACAUAAAGAAAGCAAUUGUCAGAAGUGUGUUACUUUGUCCUCCAGGGCCACAUGCUCUGCUUCUAGUGAUACCUGUUAAACUCUCUCUUGACAAACCAUCUGCAAGUGAAAUGAAAGCUACAGAAAAGCAUAUGGAGCUACUGUCUAAGCGGGUAUGGAAACACACAAUUGUGUUGUUUGCUUGUGAUGAAGGAGUCGAGGAAUCUACUAUUGAAGAACACAAGCAGCAAGCAAGGAAAAUCCUGGAAAAGUGCGCAGGCCGAUUCCAUGUUCUUCAGAGCAGGACUUGGGAAUCACCCACUCACAUCUGUGAGCUCCUCAAAAAAACAGAGCAGUUAGUGAAAGAGAACUGUGGUGAUGUCUUCAUAUCACAAAUGCACCAUGAAUUGAUUGAGCGCAACACACCAAAGGACAUUUUAGAGUUAAAAAGGAAGUAUGAAGAAAGAGAAGAACAGAUAAAACGUGCAAACAAUAAAAAACUUGAUGAACUAAUGAGUGUAUAUAAAAAACAGGACGAUGAACAUUUAAAUAGAACAGACGGACAAAGAAAGAGAAGUGGAAGUCUGCAAGGUCUGCCUCCUGAAAUGGAAGAAAAUAAAGGACAUCCUGAUGUACAGAAUGUGGACUUGGAAGCCUUAAAGCGCAAAUACAGAGAAGAAAUGCUAACACUAUUGAGAUACUAUCUUAAACCUGUUGCAGUGAUAUUUAUGGCUAUAAUUGGAGCUCUUGUUGGGUCAGUUGCUGGAUCUGUGUAUGGGGUUUUUGGGGCUUGUUUUGGAAUUGUUGUUGGAAUCUUGGUACCAAUUCCACUCACCUUCUCACUCAUUGGAGCAGCAGAAUUGGCAAAAGACAGAUCACGAAGGGAUAUACAAACCAAAUAGUGCACAGACUCAAUAAGCUGUGCCUUUCUGGGAAUUUUCAUGCAAAUACACAGUGCUGGGUAGAUUACUUCUGAAAUGUAAUCCAGUACUGAUGACAGAUUAUACGACUCAAAUUGUAAUCAGUAAUGUAAUCUUUUAAAUUACGCAUUUCGUUCAUUUAAUGUGCAAUCGGUCACAGACUCAGUCCAAGCUUGUCUAUUAUUGUUGUUUUAUAGAUAGCCGUAUUUACUAAUGAAAGUAAAUUUGAUGCACGAACUUUGUAAGCAACAUGUUUACAUUUACAUUUAUGCAUUUGGCAGAUGCUUUUAUCCAGAGCGACUUACAGAGCCCUUAUUACAGGGACAAUCCCCCCAGAGCUACCUGGACUCAAGGACACAAUGGUGGUGGCUGUGGGGAUAGAACCAGCGACCUUCUGAUUACCAGAUUACCAGUUAUGUGCUUUAAACAUGGGGGUGGUGAUGGUGUAGUUGUCUAAUCACAAUUUUUAAUCAGUGUCCUGUCUGUCUAUAGGACAGACCAGAUGUUGAAGUGAAACAUCUGUCCUGAAACCUGUUACCUGAUUAAACCUUAAAUUCAACAGCAGCUAAUGUUAUAGUUGUUUAACAAUCAUGUUCACACUUGAGUACCUGAGAUAUCUUUGUAUCUAAGCAUCAGUUCUCAGCCAUCAGACAGAAUGGUAUUGUGCCUCAGACUAAAAGGCUUCAAGUCUCAGGAAAACAACUCAUAAGGUGUACAAUAUGGUAUCAG